AACAGCCCAUCAGCAGCUAUAUGUAGACAUGGGAUCGAGGGACUUGAAAGCAUGGAAAAAAACGCCUCCCUAGAAGCAUGUAGAAGUCCUCUCCUCUGUUUCUACUCUGAAGAAAGGUUUCAGAGGUGAAGUUUUCUGCAUACUGGAUCAGAAAAGCGCAAUGGAAGAUCGACUUCCUAAAGUAGACCGCUCAGAACUCAAUGCAGUGAUGGUAAUGCCACCAGAUUCUCACCACCACCACCACUUCCCAAGCUCUCCUAAGAAUUCUAUUCUUAACUUCCUUGACCCAAAAGCCGAGUGCCUGACAGAAUCCCCCCCUGUAGAACUAGAUGGCAUGGCCAAUACCUCCCAAGUGGUUCCACCACCCUCCUGCUCCUCCUCGUCGAGGAAUUCCUCUUCAUCUUAUCCACCCAUGGCUCCGAAACCUCCACCGCUCACCUUCUUCCUGCAGAAAGAAGCCCCAGUUGAGCCCUCCACCCUCCUCUCCCCCAGAAAGAUCCCUCUUUCCUCAGCACACCUCCAUAUAAACCUCCAAAUGCAUCAAAAACUUCAGAAGCCUGAAGGGCUACAACUUCACCGCCUUCACCACCAAGGUUCGAUCAAUUCACUCUCUUCCAUUGCGCUGGAAACACCAACAAAAGGUCGCCGAGGAGGGUCGACAACGGUGUCGUCCCACCGGCAGCAGCAGCAGCCGGCAGCGAAGCUGUUCCGAGGGGUGAGACAGCGACACUGGGGGAAGUGGGUGGCGGAGAUAAGGCUGCCAAGGAACCGGACGAGGGUCUGGCUGGGGACCUUCGACACGGCUGAAGAGGCUGCCAUGGCCUACGACAUGGCGGCCUACACGCUCAGGGGGGACUUGGCUCACCUCAACUUCCCUCACCUCAAGGACCAGCUUCGCGAUGCCGCCAGUGAAAAAUUCAGUCACCCCCAUGCCGCAACCGCUUCCCUCUUGGAGGCAAAGCUCAAGGCCUUCCGCAACUCCUCCUCCUCCUCUGCUUUCCCCUCGCUCGCUUCCAAUCAACCAAAACAACUGCCAGAAAAAGGCUCGUUGCGCAUGUGUCUUGGUGGAGAGUGCAUACCACCAGUUAAGAAACAGAAGAAAUCCGGCACCGACGAAGAAGCUGCCUCGACAUCCAUUACUAGUACUUGGAGCAACAAGAAGGAGCUGCCAUCAGAUGCUGGAGGCCGGAAAGCAGUGCAGCAAGAAUUAAUAACAUCGGCAGGGGAUGCUGAUGGAGUUCUGCUAAGCAGGAUGCCAUCUCUGGACAUGGAUAUGAUUUGGGAUUCUCUCCCCAUUGCAGCAGUAGACUCCUGAUUGUGUCCUCUUCUUUCUUGUUUCAAUGGUUAUCUGCUUCUUUUAUGCGGUAGUUUUUUAUUCUUCGAUUCAUGUGAGUUGAAUUUAAAAGAUCUGCGCUUUCUACCCAUUUGCCAUGACUUGAAUCAUUUUGCUCUCUGGACCUUCUUCAAGAGUUUGCCUUCUUAGCCACUAGCAAUUUGAUGCAUAAUGAGGAGGUCAAAGUGACAGCUUAAAUGGAGCCCAGCAAUAGAAUGGAAGUAAAAAACUGGUGCCUGAAGUGUGUACGGGUCUGGUUCGAUGUAUGUCAGAAUAAUGUUUCCUUGCAUUAGUAUUUUGUGAUUAUUUUGUUUAGGAGAGAAAGGCAGGUGCCAUUUACAGUCUCCACAAAUCUAUAUUGACAACCAGAGUUAAUUUA